ACGGGACGAGCGGAAGAAUCCUCCACGGUUACAGCAGUAGAAGAAUAUGAAAUGAUUUCUUACUUUAGAUGACUUUAGAUCUGGCGCUCGAGUUUCGCCAAUUGCCCGCUGAUAAAGAUGGCCCGCAGCUAGUUUCAAGUCAAGCGUUUCGUGAAUAGUGGUUUGUGUUGUUAUUUCUUUAUUAAAUCGUACCACCAAAUUUAAUAAUAAAAAUGCCAGGUGUGGAACACCGUUCGGUAACACCGUUCAUACAAUGGAUUCGACUAAUAGGUCGAGGAAGGAAAUUUAUAGAAUGUUUGAGGCAUGCUGAUGGUCUGGCUUCACGUACACAGCCUCCUCCCAAUAUACCUGGGGGACCAUAUCACAAAACUUCAAAGGUAUAUUACUAUACACGCGAUGCCAGACGUUUAGUUCAACCACCAGUUGAGAUAUAUUCACAGGAACAAAUAGGGAAAAUUGAUCCUGCUCAAAUAAAACUGACAGCACCGCUUAAACCACGCUUACCUGAUAAUUAAUUAUAGUGGAAUACUCAUGAUUAGUUGUACUCUGUGCAUAGCAUAUGAUGUAUAAUAUUAAAUAAUAAUCGUAAAUCUAAUAGCGUUAA